AGGUCUUUUUUUCAACACUGCGGGGACGGGUAGUCAGAGCGCUAUAAAGUAAGCUAUCGGAGUCAGAGGCGGUAACGGCCAAGGAUAGGAACACAACACACUUGUUGUGUAGACGAUUCAGUAGCGCAUGCCUUCGAAGACACUCUCGCCUUCUUUAGGAUAGUUGAAAAGUAACAGCGGACUACCGGUGUAAUAUGGUCAUUAGUCAAAAAUAAUAGUUUGCCAAUAAACUGAAUAAUCGAUAAACAUGCCAGAGCUCCGUAUAUUGACGCAUUUCUGAGCUUUGGACAUAAUAGCCUAAAUGUUAUGAAACAUUGACUUCAAGUGCUGCAGUUGGCUAGUUUGAGUUUGGUUUUAACCAGAUAUUUACCUAAAAUCCGCUCUGCCAAGGACAUCACGAUUGGAGGAUAUCAAACUUAUAUCAAACUGUUUGUGUUCGAAAAAUUCAGAGCAUUUAGGUUACUGUAAGAAGAAGGAACAUGGAUUUUAAGUGUUUGAGCUGUAUAGUGUUUUUCCCCAUACACAUUGUUUACUACAUAUUGAAAGCAAGUGUCUACUUAAUUCUACCAAGUAGACGAAGAACCCUGAUCAAGGAGGUGGUCCUGAUCACAGGCGGGGGACGAGGUAUCGGUCGUCACCUGGCUCAGGAGUUUGCCAAGCAGGGGGCUAAAAAGGUGAUCCUGUGGGGCCGCACAGAGAAGUGUCUGAAAGAGACAUGCGAAGAGAUCUCCCAAUUUGGAACAGAGUGCCACUACUUCCUGUGCGACGUGGCCAAUCGGGAGGAAGUUUACAAGCAGGCCAAGGUGGUCAGGGAGAAGGUGGGAGAUGUUACGAUCCUGGUGAAUAACGCUGCAGUGGUCCAUGGGAAAAGUCUGAUGGACAGCGACGAUGACUGUCUUUUGAAAUCUCAACAUAUCAACACAAUGGGACAGUUCUGGACUACAAAGGCCUUCCUGCCACGGAUGCUGGAGCUCAAGCACGGCCACGUCGUCUGUAUAAACUCCAUCCUGUCCCAGUCGCCCAUCCCUGGGGCCAUCGACUACUGUACCUCCAAGGCCUCCUCCCUGGCCUUCAUGGAGAGCCUGACUCUUGGCCUGCUGGACUGUCCCGGAGUGGGCUGCACCACCGUGCUCCCCUUCCACACCAACACUGAGAUGUUCCAGGGCAUGAGAGUCAGGUUUCCAGCGCUCUUCCCUCCCCUCAAGCCAGAGACAGUUGCUGAAAGGACUGUGGAUGCAGUCAGAACUAACACAGCCUACGUUUACAUGCCCUGGACCAUGCAUGCUCUCGUUGUCCUCAAAAGCUUCAUGCCACAAGCUGCUCUUGAAGAGAUCCACAAGUUCUCUGGAAGCUAUACCUGCAUGAAUACAUUCAAGGGGAGGACAUAAAAACAAAUGAUCCUGAAUGUCAAUACAUAUCAGAGGAACCUCACUAAGUCUGGAGGAUGUUGAAGGGAAGUAUCCAUGGGCUACAGGACAUUGGGAAACAAUGGAUGCCCUUUGAAAGUAUGCAGGAAGGUGUCUUGGAGACUUUAGCGUACUGUAUAUGGUUGCUCCGACGGGGUAGAUUUCACUUUCACGCUGCUGGAACUUAUCCUGGUCUCUUUCUUGAUCUCCUGUGUGUAGUUGGACGGACUAAAUACCAUUCACACAUUGAGCAGAAGCCAUGCAAAACUAGUCUGGAUAAACAGCAGUUUUUUUUCAAGUCUGUUUUUUAUUAUCCUUUGUUUUCUACCAAUCAUGUGUCUUUGAAUGGAAUCACAUUAAUAAAUUGAUGUUACAGACAA